AUGACUGUCCCAUAUCAUCAUCAAGUGGCCACAUCAAAGCCGCAUUUGAUAUUGAAAUUGCUUUUCAGAUGGAAGGGCUCUGUAUGGAAAUCAGUCCUCGUCGAGUAUUUAAUUUGGAUCGUUUCCUAUUUCAUUAUCUACGCAAUUUAUCGAUACGCUUUACCGAAAUACAAUCAAAAAUCUUUGGAAGAAUUCAUCCGUUUCUGCGACAAGUCACUCGGCUUCAUUCCCCUUAAUUUCAUGCUCAGUUUCUUUGUGACAACGGUGGUGAAUCGAUGGACGGUCAUGUUCACGAAUUUGGGACUCAUCGAUAAUGUUGCUUUGUUCACGGCUCAGUAUGUACAAGGGGAUGACGCGAGGGGGAGGAUGUUCAGGAGAAAUAUUGUCAGGUACUGUUGCCUCGCACACGCAAUCCUUCUACGAGAUGUGAGCAUGAAAAUUCGUCGCCGUUUCCCAACCAUUGAUUCAAUGGUACCAGCUGGUUUUAUGAUGCCACACGAAUUGGAAAAGUAUGAAUCAAUCAAAAAUCGAUACAAUAAAUCGUGGGUGCCGCUCAAUUGGGCGUUGAGUCUUUUGAAUAUCGCGAAAGAGGAGGGACGAGUCGAUUCCGAAUAUCUCGAAUAUGCUGUGGCUACGGAGAUUCGUAACCUUCGAGCGAAUAUGAUCACCAUUUGGCAGCAUGACUGGGUUUCGAUCCCUGUUUUGUACCCGCAAGUUGUUUUUGCUGCUACUUACAUCUAUUUCAUUUUGGCACUUUUCGCGAGGCAGUUUAUCAUCCCGCAAGAUCAAUUGAGUGGAGAGGUGGAUCUCCAUUUCCCGAUCAUUUCUUCAAUCACUUUCAUCAUUUAUGUUGGAUGGAUGAAAGUCGCGAUGGCUUUGCUGAAUCCGUUUGGAGAAGACGAUGAUGAUUUUGAUUGCAACUUUUUACUUGACAGGAAUCUCACGGUAUUGUUUCCAGAAUUAGAC